AUGUCAACCAUUGCAGAUCCGAGGAUGGAUUAUAGAAUCAGUUUAGGACAUGCUUCAUUCUUCUUGGGAAUCUUUUUCAACAUCAUUCCUCCUUCUCCAGCUCUCCUGCUGGCUUCUUGGAAUUUUAUUCCAGGUUUUUGUCUGAUAUGUUUGCUUUAUUUUUAUAUGUUUUCAAUCUAUCUUUCUAUCUCAUUUGAUAGGGAUAUAAUUUCUUUUCCUCUUUUCAUUAUUCUUUGUGUUACUUUUUCAGUCAACCUCUUUACUUUUUUUAACAUUUUUUCCUCUUCUUCAUUUUUGUUCUUUUUAUUAAUUUUAUUUACUUUUCUUUCUAUAGUUAUUUUUUUUUUUUACCUUUAUUUUUUAUUUCUUUUUUUAUUGUCUUUUUCAUUUUCAUUUUCUUUUCUUCUAUUGUCUUUUUCAUUUUCAUUUUCUUUUCUUCUAUUGUUUUUUUCUUCAUUUUCUUUUUUCUAUUGUCUUUUUAUUCAUUUUUCUUUGCUUUCUUUCUCAAGUUUUUCUUCAUUUUGCUUUUAUUUUCUUUCUCAAGUUUUUCUUCAUUUUUUUUCUUUUUCUAUUUCUUCUUCACUUUCUUUUUAUGUUCUUUCUUGA